GCCGAGUCUAGGUAGCGCCGCUCGGCAACGAACAUAAACAUUUGCGGGCUGGUUUGCAUCUGUGAACUUCAAUGUGAACUUGGAUUUGCGAAUGCAUUUGACAGGCACUUACAGUUAAUAUCACUAACCACCAAAUUGUCACAACACAACAAAAUCGAUUAGUCCCUCAGUACUUACCAGACGAAGCAAAAAUAUAUUACCGAACUCGAAAGUCUAAUAACCGAAAAUGGCAUCUGCAUUUGAAUCGUCCUUGUCGGCAAGCCUCAGCGGCCGGCAAACGAUGUCGGCGACGGCUCCCUCCAUGGCAGACUCUCUCCCCAGUAUCAAUUUCGGCUUCGACGAGCUGCGCGACCGCAUGGCCAAGUUCAGCGCGAAAUUCGACGCCUUCAUCGAGCAGGGGCGAAAGCGCGUCCUCGAAGAGCGCAAUCAGUUCCGAAUGAACGUUGCCGAAUUGCAAGAGGACCAGCGCAUGAAGAAGAAGGACAUGGAAAUCCUCCAGCAUAAGACCAACACGCACCAGCAGAUGAUAUCAAAAGAAGCCGCCGAGACGCGGGAGAUGCAGGCAGCAAUCGCCUCGCUAACCGAGCAACGGGACCGAAACAAACGCUCGCGGGACGCCCUGCAGCAGCAGAUCGCCGAGACGCAGAAGGAAAUCGAAGCGCGGCUGGCGGCGCAGCAGGCGCACGCGCAGUACAUAGAAUCGCAGUCGCGGUUCAACGUGCCGGAGCUGGACUUCUGGAUGCAGAACCUGUGUCUGAAGAUCGAGGGGGCGGGGCAGACAGACCGCCUGCGCUUCGUAUAUACGCAUGUCGACGAGAAGGACUGGGAUCGCGAGGCCUGGUUCGAACUGAGUACUUCGUCUCGCGACUACGACGUCCGCCAUUGCAGGCCGAAGCUCGAGCGCGAGAAGGUCGAUCGUGUGCUCGAGAGGGUUAACGAGACGAGGGAUUUGGCGGUGCUAUUAAAGGGCAUGAGGGAGCUGUUUGUUGAGGCCAUGCAGUCUUGAAGUCAUUGCUCUUCACGUAUGGUUUUAUUACUUGUGGUGGCGUCUGGAGUCGGAUGUUGCGUUAGUUGCGUUAGUUGCUAUGGGAUCUUGAUAUGUUGUUGGGUAUAUUAUGUAUAUUAUGACUGGUUACCUAGGCAUAAAAAGAAUGCCUUACUCUCUUUAACUGGAAAAGGGGUAGUUUAUGAAUAAUGCCUAAUGAACACAUGUAUUUCGAAAGGGAUCUAAUAUGAAGUACCUUUAAGAGCUUCGAAGGUUGUUUGUGGCUUCAUGCAUUUAUCUUGAUC